GUAUGAGACGCACUCGAAGUGACGCUGGUUUCCAGGUUGCUCCGGUGAUUGAGGUAGAAGCGAGACAUGCAAUUGUGCCUCUAGAUUUUAGCAGCAGAGAAGGUUUACAAUUAAAAUAUGUUCCAACAAUACAGCCCGAUUAUUAUGAAACAAAUAGAGCAGAAUAUUCCUACAGAGAGCCAAAGAGGAAGAAAUUAAAGCACAAAAAGAAAAAAAAUAAUGAAAAUAAGAGAGUGCUUCAAGCGCGUAAGAAGAGGGUGAAACCAAAAAGGAAAUAUGGCAAAAGAUUCGUGAAAACCUCGCUACGAGGAAAGGAUUCUAAUUUAUCGGAAUCGAAGGAACUCGAGAAGGGAAAGCCUGUUGAUAUUAUUGUGCACAUUAAAAUGAAUGAUUGAUG